AUGAAUGCUAAAAAUCUUUAUAAUCAAAAACUGCGUUUUCAAUUAAUUCGUCCAACAUCAUCAUUAUUUGAAAAUCAAUUAUAUCAACUUCGUUGUCGAAUAUUUGAAGAAUUAAAAAAACAUUUUCUAUAUUCUCGUCAAAUAGCUCGACAAUAUUCAAUUCAGAAUGAACAAUUAAUUUGUUAUAUUGAUCUUAAUGAAUUUGGUUUAUUAAUAAAUGAAAAAGAUAAUUAUGAUUUUGAUAAAAUAACAAAUCAAUAUGAUCAAACAUCAAUUAAUUCAUUAUUUAAAUUAUGUCAUUUACAAAUAAAUGAAUGUAUUCAAUUAAUACAUAUUAAUCGUCCAAAAUCAUAUUCGAUAUUUUAUAAUUAUAAUAAAUUCUUAUUAAAAUCUAUAGAAAAUUUAAAUAAAAUAAAACAAAAUUGUUCAAUAAUGAUUAAUUCUAUUGAUAAUGAAAAAAUUUCAUCAUCAAAAAAAUUAAUAUCAUCUUAUUUUUUACUUCGUUCGAAUUGUGAACAAUUAUUUGAAAUGAAUGAAAAUAAUUAUUUAAAUAAUGAACAAUUAAAACGAAUUAUUCAAGAUCUUAAAACUGUUAUUUAUUUGCUUGAAGGUAUACAAAUGGCCAUGUUAUCAUUGCAUAGAUCUUUAUAA